CUCAAACAAAGAUAGUGAGUUUAAGAGAGACAAAGUUAUGCAAAGCAAGCUCUGACAAAGAGAAGAAAAAGGAGUUGCUAAUUGUUUUAUGGAAUAAGAAAGAUUAUGAAUUCAUACAAAUACUCAUCAAUGACGAUUUCAACAGUGAUGACAGACCUCUCACCCACCAACUCCCUCCCUCCAUUACCUUUGAGUUCACCGCCACUACCACCAUACAAUCAUUCUCAGUCUGACCAAGCCCACCCCAGUAUUCCUUACAAUUCACCUAAUUUAUUAUUUCAUUCAUAAAUUAGGUGAAUUCAAGUCUUCAUAUAAAUGUAGUCUUCCUUCUCCAUUCCUCUCGCAGCCUCCUCUGCUCUCUUCCCAUUUCCCUAAGGAUUAUCCGUUUUGCCAUUCCGGCCGCCGUCUCCUCGCUGCCUGUUGCUUUAGAUACUGUCGCCUGAGUUAGAAUGUUCCGAGGCAGCAGAAUACCGCUCUGCGGAUGCUUCCGGAACCCGGGCGAGUCGGAUCUCGGCCCGGCCCAGGCCCGCGUGGCUGAUGGACCGGAAACAGAGCAGGAGAAGGAGGCGGCGGCGCUGAUGCCACGGCGGUUCAGUUGGGCGGAGGUCGAGUUCGCGACCGGGAAGUUUGCCGACUCCGCGGUGGUGGUCGGCGAGGGAGGAACCAGCACCGUCUAUCUCGGCCGCCUCCCGGAUUUCUCCCUGGUGGCCGUCAAGCUCCAUCGUCCCAGCGAGCGCCUCCACCGCGCUUUCCGUCAGGAGCUUGACGUCCUCCUCCGCCUCCGCCACUCCCACAUAGUCCGCUUUCUCGGAUACUGCGAUGACCACGAGGAAGAAGGGGCUUUGGUGUUCGAGUACGUACCGAAAGGGAGCCUCCAUGAGAAGCUCCACGGCCGAGAGGCGCUGCCGUGGGCGCAGCGGAUGGCGAUAGCGUGCCAGGUGGCGCAGGCACUGGAGUACCUGCACGAGGAGUGCGAUCCCCAGGUGGUGCACGGCGACGUGAAGGCCGCUAACGUGCUCCUCGAUGGGGGAAUGGAGGCGAAGCUGUGCGACUUCGGAUCCGCCCGGGUGGGCUUCUCGGCGGCCGUGGGGCCGCCAAGAUCCGGCCUCGCCAUGGCGGUGGGUUCGCCUGGGUACAUCGACCCGCACUACCUCCGCUCGGGGAUGGUCUCCAAAAAGUGCGACGUGUACAGCUUCGGGGUGCUGCUUCUGGAGCUCGUCACUGGGGCGGAGGCGUUCGACGCCGAGCGCGAGCGGCGGCUGACUGCGCAGAUGGCCCCGGUGCUGCGCAACCCGGCCGGGCGGGUGGCGGAGGCGGUGGACACCAGAUUGGGCGGGGCGUACGACGCCGGAGAGGCAUCAGCGGUGAUAGCGGUGGCGGCAGUGUGCGUGGGGAGUAAUCCCAGCCUCCGCCCCACGAUGGCGGAGGUUGUCGGGAUACUGCGGGAGAAGACGUCGUCGUCCAUCGCAGCAAUAUGCGAUGGCAAAAAGAGAGUUGUAACGUCGGGGUCGAAAAUGCCUAUUUAGUUCGUGAAUUAGGUCGUAACAAUUCUAAAGUGUACAUCAGGAGGCGACGCAAAUUUGUACCAUACAAAUUCCAAAAGAAAAAAAUUGGUAUAUUGAGUGUUUUUGGUUUAAAA